UGCGUUGCGGGGAUGAGGAGGUCCACGGCUCUCAUGCUGCUGCUGCUGGCGGUGGCGUUCACGACGGCCGUACCGCACGAUGAGAGGAGCGAGGAGGUGGAGACCCGCAGGAUGUUCAGGACCUGGAUGGCCAGGUUCGACAAGACCUACAGCUCCAUCGACGAGGAGGAGCACCGGUACGCGGUGUUCAAGGAAAACCUCCACGCCUUCGGUGACCUCACCCGCGACCACUUUGGCCUCAACGUCUUCGGUGACCUCACCCACGAGGAGCUCCGCGUAUUGUACACCGGGUGCACGCACGGGGACGGCGGCCACAAGUACUCCCUCCUCUACUGGAUAAGUGUACUUCUUAUGGGGCCUCCAUCCUGCCAUCGAUGUUAAGCAGUUAGGUGCGCCGGUGGUCACCGCACAACUGAAAUAGAGAUGGAGGGAUCACACUCCUGGAGAGAGAUGAAGCGCGUGUGGAUCUGAAUAUGGCACAUCUAAUUGUUGCUUAUGUAAUAAAAUUGAGAUGAAAAUAUGCAUUUCUACAAGGAAGUGAGAAAGAUAGUUCGUCAGC